GGAGGCCCGGCUCGGCUACUGCGCCUGCGCGCUGCCUCUGGUUCAAGGACCCGUACUUAAAGAGACAGGCGGUCUAGUCCUCCUGAGAAGCCCGCGGCCUUGUGGGCUCCUAGUCGGGAGGCCCGUGUGGACCGUCGGAGCCUGGACAGCCGGGAAGGAAGCUGUAUGACUUUGGCUUUCAAGAUCCUCUUCCCAAGAAAUCUUGGUGCCCUUGGCAGAAAACAACUGUGCCUGUUCCUAGACCAGAAUCACUGGCCUGUCAUAAGACAGUUCAGCCAGUGGUUGGAAACAGAUCUCCUUCGUGGGUGCUGCCUCCUCCAGAGAAGAAAGCCUGUCCUAUCCUUCCGGGGAGGUCAUCUAAGACCGCGUGCCACCCACCUUGUUUUCUUCCCAGGGUCGCAUGUGGGACUCUGUACUGGCCCCUGUGAGAUGGCGGAGCAACGAUUCUGUGUGGACUAUGCCAAGCGGGGCACAGCUGGCUGCAAGAAAUGCAAGGAGAAGAUUGUAAAGGGCGUAUGCCGCAUUGGCAAAGUGGUGCCCAAUCCCUUCUCAGAGUCGGGGGGCGAUAUGAAAGAGUGGUACCAUAUUAAGUGCAUGUUUGAGAAGCUGGAGCGGGCACGGGCUACCACAAAAAAAAUCGAAGACCUCACAGAGCUGGAAGGCUGGGAAGAGCUGGAAGAUAACGAAAAGGAGCAGAUAAACCAGCACAUUGCAGACCUGUCUUCUAAGGCAGCCGGCACACCAAAGAAGAAGACCGCUGUCCAGGCUAAGCUGACAACCACUGGCCAGGUGACAUCCCCCGUGAAAGGUGCCUCGUUUGUCACCAGUACCAAUCCCCGGAAGUUUUCUGGAUUUUCAGCAGCCAAACCCAACAACUCUGAGCAAACCCCCUCAAGCCCUGCCCCUAAGACAAGUCUGUCUGCACGUAAAUGUGACCCUCAGCACAAAGAUUGUCUACUUCGAGAGUUCCGGAAGCUGUGUGCCAUGGUAGCUGAAAAUCCUAGCUACAAUACAAAGACCCAGAUCAUCCAGGACUUCUUGCAGAAAGGCUCUACAGGAGAUGGCUUCCGCGGUGAUGUGUACCUAACAGUGAAGCUGCUGCUGCCGGGAGUCAUUAAGAGUGUUUACAACUUGAACGAUAAGCAGAUUGUGAAACUUUUUAGCCGCAUUUUUAACUGCAACCCAGAUGAGAUGGCUCGGGACCUAGAACAGGGUGACGUGUCAGAGACGAUCAGAGUCUUCUUUGAGCAGAGCAAGUCUUUCCCCCCAGCUGCCAAGAGUCUCCUCACCAUCCAGGAAGUGGAUGCAUUUCUCCUGCACCUCUCCAAGCUCACCAAAGAGGAUGAGCAGCAGCAGGCCCUGCAGGACAUUGCCUCCAGGUGUACAGCCAAUGACCUUAAGUGCAUCAUCCGGCUGAUCAAACAUGAUCUGAAGAUGAACUCGGGUGCAAAACAUGUGCUAGAUGCACUUGACCCCAAUGCUUAUGAAGCCUUCAAAGCCUCACGCAACCUGCAGGAUGUGGUGGAGCGGGUCCUUCACAAUGAGCAGGAGGUGGAGAAGGACCCAGGCCGGAGACGGGCUCUGAGCGUCCAGGCCUCACUGAUGACUCCUGUGCAGCCCAUGCUGGCUGAGGCCUGCAAGUCCAUCGAGUAUGCAAUGAAGAAGUGUCCCAAUGGCAUGUUCUCUGAGAUCAAGUACGACGGUGAGCGAGUCCAGGUGCAUAAGAAGGGGGACCACUUCAGCUACUUCAGCCGCAGUCUCAAGCCUGUCCUGCCUCACAAGGUGGCCCACUUUAAGGACUACAUCCCUAGAGCUUUUCCUGGCGGUCAGAGCAUGAUCUUGGACUCUGAGGUGCUCCUGAUUGACAACAACACAGGCAAACCACUGCCCUUUGGGACUCUGGGAGUGCACAAGAAAGCUGCCUUCCAGGAUGCUAAUGUCUGCCUGUUUGUUUUUGAUUGUAUCUACUUUAAUGAUGUCAGCUUGAUGGACAGGCCUCUUUGUGAGCGACGGAAGUUUCUUCAUGACAACAUGGUUGAAAUCCGUAACCGGAUCAUGUUCUCAGAAAUGAAGCAAGUCACAAAAGCCUCAGACCUGGCUGACAUGAUAAACCGAGUGAUCCGAGAGGGCUUAGAAGGGCUGGUGCUGAAGGAUGUGAAGGGUACAUACGAGCCUGGGAAGCGGCACUGGCUGAAAGUUAAGAAAGAUUAUUUGAACGAGGGGGCCAUGGCUGAUACAGCUGAUCUGGUGGUUCUUGGGGCCUUCUAUGGGCAAGGGAGCAAAGGUGGCAUGAUGUCAAUCUUCCUCAUGGGCUGCUAUGACCCUGACAGCCAGAAGUGGUGCACUGUCACCAAAUGUGCUGGAGGCCAUGAUGAUGCCACACUUGCCCGACUGCAGAAGGAGCUAGAUAUGGUGAAGAUCAGCAAGGAUCCCAGCAAGAUACCCAGUUGGCUGAAGAUCAACAAAAUCUACUAUCCUGACUUUAUUGUCCCAGACCCAAAGAAAGCUGCUGUGUGGGAGAUCACAGGGGCAGAAUUCUCCAAAGCUGAGGCUCACACUGCUGAUGGGAUCUCCAUCCGAUUUCCUCGCUGCACCCGAAUCCGGGACGACAAGGACUGGAAAUCUGCCACUAACCUCCCCCAACUCAAGGAACUGUACCAGCUGUCCAAAGAAAAGGCAGACUUCGCUGUAGUGGCUGGAGAUGAGGGGAGUUCCACUACUGGAGGUAGCAAUGGUGAGAACGAGGGCACUGCUGGAUCUGCUGUACCCCACAAGGCCCCCAAGGCACCUCCCAGUAAGUCCUCUGCCAGUGGCAAGAAGACCGAACAGAAGCUGAAUAACCCCACUAGCAGAGGUGGCAACAGGGUGAUUCCAAAGCCUUCCCCCAUGAAAUCAGGAGACAAGCCGGCCAUGAAGUCUUCUCCAGUGAAAGUGGGGGUAAAGAGGAAAGCUGCUGAUGAGACCCAAUGCCCAACAAAGGUGCUGUUGGAUGUCUUCACUGGGGUGCGGCUCUACUUGCCACCUUCCACACCAGACUUCAAACAGCUCAAACGCUACUUUGUGGCAUUCGACGGGGACCUGGUACAGGAAUUUGACAUGGCCUCAGCCACACAUGUGCUGGGUAACAGGGACAACAACACUGAGGCACAGCUGGUCUCUCCAGAGUGGAUUUGGGCAUGUAUCCGGAAACGGAGGCUGAUAACUCCCUGCUAGGACUUUGGUCUUCCUCUUUGGGCUGUCCUCACCUGCCCACUCUACUGCAUGAGGCUCUGCCUGGAUGGUAGGGGCCUCUUUGCUAAGCAAUGUACCUUUUAUACCCUCCAACUCUUCAUGGUCCUUCUGGAUCAGGAGUUAGUUGCUGUGGGCACAAGCAAUUCGCCUGCUAGUUUAACUAGAUCUUGCAGAUCUGGGUGCUAGCUUUGCCUUCUUGUUUAAAAAGAAGCCAAUCUUAGUUGUUUGAGGUGCUGAUAACCAACCUAGACCCUUACGCAUGCUAGGCACAGUGUCCUCCCAUUGAACUACAAAUUUUAUAAGUAAGAAAUCUUAAGCCAGGCAUGGUAGUGCAUGAGGAGCAAGAAGUCAGAGGGUCAGUUCAAGGCUAGCCUUGAACAAAACAAAACAAAAAAGCAUCCUUUCCCACCAGUUCCACCUCCAGUUUUCCUCAGUGACCAAGGAAUGAAGGCUGAGCAGAAUCUACUUCCUUUGUCUGCUCCUUUUCACUUCCAUGUGCAUCUUAAAAGCAGUAUUUAAACUGUCCUCAAACGCUUCUUGUAUGUGGCAAAACCUUUAUUAUGUCUGGUCCCUUUUGCUAGGGUGAGCCCUCAUGUGAAAGACAAAGUGAUUGUAGUUUCCAGGUCCCAGCUUGGAGGGAGAGGCUGUCAUCUAUAGGAAAAUUGGCCUCCUUAGAGAUAGAGGUUCCUUGAAGGAGGAUUUGCCUCCUCAAAAUCUGGAUGACUAUAAGGAGUACAGAUCCACAGCCAGGAAAAUCUACACACCCUGCUUACCAAGGCUGGCUCCUGUGACCUGCAGCAGAUGUACUUGAAAGGCAAAAGAAAGAUGAUGACUUCUGUGCACAGCUGCACACAGAAUCCUAUUUUACAACAGUGGAAGUGUCCUAAACUAGCCUCAUCUGGUUGUCAAGCCCUUGAAAUGUGGCACUAAAGACCUCAUUUUAUGACUUCAAAUGGUCUCAAGUCAGCAGUGACCAUCACACACCUGAGCAUCAGUUUUCCAAGAGGAAGGGGCAGAGGCACUGCUCCUGAAUCACUGGAUGACUGUCAGUAACCUCGGAUCCCUUAUGUAACAUGAGGCACAGAACCUGGUACAGAUGUUAUCCGGGAGGAGGCCUGGCUUACCACCUUGCAUGACAGAGUUCACACUUGGCUCUGAGCAUGGGCUUCUCCAGGUACUGUGGUAGACUGGCUUCCACACCGAUGCUGUGCCACCUCUCAAAGAUCAGUUCUCUAUUCUUCAGCAGGCUUAUCUGUCAUCUCCUGUGAGCUAGGUCACUGUGACCGAACAAACCUCUUAAACACUUGUGUGGGCCUCUAAGAUACAGACGUACCAUCCUGUGUAUUCCUAAUACCCUACUAGGACGUUGCUUACUAGUCUGGCUUUGCCUUUCACCUACUGUUUCAGAUGUGCAGAGGGGAGACACAGUGACUAUAGAUGCUCUGACAACUAAGGCAGAGUAGGUACCACUCAGUCUGGUGAGUAAGAUACUUUCUAAUCCAUCCUCAAAGCAAAAGCACUUUUUGCUUUGAGCACUUGUCUGCAUACAUCUCCAACUUCUUUGGAUCAAGCAGCUAGGUAGAGCAUCAAAGACAACUCUUCCCCACCAACAGGGCCGAAAGGUCAGCCCCUUGCCCCUUGAAUGCCUUACUAUGUCACUGUCCAGUGUUUGUAUGUUUCCUCCUGUCUUUCUGACAUACUUCUCUCUGCAGGGAGAUUAGACUGUGUGUACACCUUUGUAUCUCUUCCUGUCAUCCCACCCAACCCUAAGCAAUAUUACCCUAAACUUACCCCACUCUCUCCGGCCUUUGUUUACAUAGUGCCAGCUGAUGACUGAGUGGUUAUCACUGAAUGCUGAACAGAUCAGCCAUUAGCAAGAUUUAUUCUCUUUAAGAGACAGCGUAGAAUCUUGUCUCAUCCAGUUUUCCAGGAGAUGAUGUACUCCUCUCCCCUCCCCUCAGGCACCUGGUCAGGUAGCUUGGUAUAGGCCUGUGCUUAUUUUGCAGUCUGCCCUUUAGGCUGGGCCAAACUUUGAGCCAUACUUGUCUGUCACAAUUAUAUCCACUUAACUGGCUACCUAGCUGUCCUGAUGUUCCUUUCCACUUAGCUCUUGAAGGCCCUUUUCCAGUGAGACUGUGUAAAUAAUUCACCUGGUGCUUCAUAUUUGCUCUUGAGAAUCAUCCUUAUACUAGGCUCCACUUCUAGUCUGUUCCGUAAUUUCUCCCACACACUCUUGUGAUCAUAGGCAAGUCAUAACACAGAGCAGGGUGCCUUGACCAAGACCAGGUGGCCCAAGCAUCUCCCAAAGUGGAAUGCGAUCUCUGAAGAGCAAUACCUCUACACGUAGCCUGAUGCUUGCCUACAUUCACUAGUACUUUGUGGCCUCUGGCAUCAUCCCCACACCAGAUGGAACAGGCAUCUGUAUUUAAACUUUAUUACAAAAUUAUAAAGCAGAGCUCUGUAACAAAAAAUACACAUUUGGGUUUGCUUUUUAACACCCAGGUGAGAAAAUCUUAAUAUAAGCCACUUGGAGUAAUACAUUCACAUCCAAGAGAUUUUAACAAAUUUGUACAAUAUAGACUAUUAAUUCCUUUACAGCUUAUUAGUUUAGAACCAGCUAUUCCAACCUAUGAACCAGUCAGCUGUCCAUCUUUUAAAACUAAGUCUCAACUGAAAUCUUGGCGCAAUCCCAGCAAAAGCCACAGAAUAGUUGGAAGAAUUAGGUGUUUCUAUGUUAAUUAAGAACAAGGAUCCGUGAAGAACAGAAAGGGGCUCAAGUAUUUAAAAAGAAAAGAAUCAAGUUUUCUACCUGGGUUAGACAUUAACUGAAAUGGAAUCUUAGAAUUCCAACUUUCAUUUGGUGUUACAAUAAAAAACUUGUUUGACA